CUAUGAGUUCUGUCUGAUAACGAAACCAAAAAAAAAAAAGAUACCAAUUUUCUUCCUUUACCAAUGGCAAUGCCACCUGGCAGUGUUGCUCCUGGAAACUGGAUCCCAGACGGGAGAGACGGGUUCAUCUCGUGGAUCCGCGGGGAGUUCGCUGCAGCCAACGCCAUCAUCGACUCGCUCUGCCAGCAUCUGGUAGCGAUCGGGGAUCAGAACGAAUACGAGGGAGUGGUCUCAGCCAUCCAACACCGUCAAUCGAGCUGGUCUCCGGUUCUUUAUAUGCAGCAUUUUUUCCCCAUCGCGGAUGUUUCCUACGCUCUGGAGCAAGCUGCUUGGAAGCGGCAGCAGAAGACGAUGAUGCCUCCAAGGCAUUACAACUCCGAUCAGAUUGGGAAAUUUGGAGGAAGGAGGUCAGGGAAUGGGUUUAACAAGCAUCAUAAUCAUGGUGGUGGUGGUGGUUACAGAGGAGGUGAGACAAUGGUGAGAAACGGGUUGGAUUGUCACAAGACUGAAGCCAAGGCAGUAGCUGUUGUUGAGGAGAAGAGAGAUGGUAGCGAGAAAUUGAAGAGCGAUGGUAAGGAUAAGGAAGAAUCUGAGUCUACUGGCGCAGAAACUCUAGCGGAAGUAGUGAAACAUAGUUGUUAUUCGGCUUCUAAAGAUAGCAAUCUCAGUUCUGAGCAGAAGCAGGAUGAGAAAGACAAAGAGUGUCCUGCAAGCAUGGCAAAGACUUUUGUUGUCCAAGAGAUGUAUGAAGCGAAAAUGGUUAAUGUUGUUGAAGGACUGAAGCUAUACGAUUCAAUGGUCGAUGCAAAGGAAGUAUCUCAACUCAUUUCUCUUGCAAACAAUCUGAGAAACGCUGGAAGAAGAGGUCAACUUCAAAGUGAUGCAUUUGUGGGCUAUAAAAGGCCAAAUAGAGGACAUGGACGUGAGAUGAUCCAACUCGGUCUCCCCAUUGCUGAUGCAAGGCCUGAUGAUGAGAGCAUCAAAGAUAGAAGAAUAGAGCCAAUCCCAUCUUUUCUUUCAGACAUCAUUGAACGUUUGGUCUCAAAUCAAAUCAUACCUGUGAAGCCAGACGCAUGCAUCAUUGAUUUCUUCAACGAGGGAGAUCACUCGCAGCCUCAUAUGUUCCCUCCCUGGUUUGGACGACCCGUUGGGAUCUUGUCCUUGUCAGAAUGUGAUCUCACGUUUGGAAGAGUCAUCGUCUCUGAUCAACCAGGAGACUACAAGGGCUCUCUCAAGUUGUCUCUCUCUCCCGGAUUGGUUCUUGUGGUGGAAGGCAAGUCCGCAGAUCUUGCUAAGUUUGCGAUUCACUCAAUCCGAAAGCAGAGGAUUCUCAUCACCUUCACCAAGUCUCAGCCGGGAAACGGACUUAACUGUUGUCCACCACCGCUUAGCAGAUCGCCGAAUCAUCAUCACAACCGUCAGCCAAAGCAUUACCCUGUUGUUAUCCCCACCACCACCGGUGUCUUGCCAACACCGUCUGUUCAGCCUGUUUUCAUAGCACCUUCUCCUCCGCUUCCCCCUCCAAUGCCGUUCCCUGGUGGUGUUGGUGUCAUGCCGGGAGCAACGAGCUGGCCACUGCUGCCUCAUACACGACACCAGGCGCCACCACAGCCUCGAGCUCCCGUCCCUGGAACCGGUGUCUUCCUCCCACCCGGUUCAGCACAAGAACAGGUGUUCCAAGGCUCCAGCAACGGGAACAACUCUGCAGAAGGAAAGGUGGAGAUGAAGACGAAAGAGGGAGCUUGUAACGGAAACGCUGCAGAUGAGUGCGGUGGCAGUGGCGGUGACGGUAAACAGGUCAAUUAGCUGAAGAGGAGAAGAUAUAUAGAGAGAAACGAGCUUUGCAGUUUUUAAACUGUGAAAAGAGCGGCAAGUUCUUAUGAGACGUUGCCUCUCUCUUUUUUUUUUUUGCCACUUCAGAAAUUGUUUUCUUUUAGGAAAAAAAC